CGUCGAACGUGAAACCCUAAAACAUCGCGUCAUGCUGCCUCACGACCACCAUGGGGUCUCGGAUUGCAACGGCGACUGCGUUGGAUUUACACCGACACAACAGACAGCGCCUCCCUGGUCCGUUCAGUCGCAAGGACGCCGUUCCGUUGCACGGACGGCAAGCGAUGCAACCGGAUGGGGCACGGAAGCGAGCGGCAACGUGGAGCAGUAACAGAUCGUGGCUGCGGGCGACGGGGCCGACACGCCAUCGUCCUGUCUUCCGUGAGUGGAUCCAGCGUGCGGAACCAGCGGACGCGCGAUGCGGGCACUCGAUCCUCGGGAUGCGGCGUGGAGUUUCCGGCGCUCUCGCUGCUCCCGGCCGCACUAGCGCCUCCGCGCGGGAUGCGACGGAGUCUCCGGCGCUCUCCCUGCUCGCUGCUCUAUCGCUUCGCCCAUCAUGCAGCUGCCCCGCACUCCACUCCCUCCAACAGCGCAUAGCACUGCCCUCUCCUAGAAACACUCUGCCACCUCCUUGCCUACCCUCCUCCAUUGGCCAUCCACGUCUUGGCCACAAGCGCCCUGCCCUGCCGUUUUCCUGGCCUGUCCACACACCUAAGCCCUUCCACGCUUCACGCCCACGGUGCCGGAGACACGCUAACCUGAAAGAAGGUACAUAUAAUUGCAAAUCUUACUACAAAGUGCAAACGAGUGUAUUGGAGCAAGGUCUUAGAUAUGGACAGGCGGUGGUAGAGAUUGGCAUUUGCCGGUGGCGACAACGAGGAGGAGGCAACUUCAAUGAUGACGUAUGGUGGCUGCGGCGGUGGUGUGUGUGAGGGGAAUGAGGCCACGACGAUGGAUCCAACAUGAUAAGUUCCUUCUCAGCCCCUCCCUUGUUUGCUAGCACCACCGCACCCUUCUCCGCUUGUAGGUUCCCCUUGCUUCUAUAGGUCAACUGGUUUUCUCUGGUCCUGUUGAUUGAUUUGGUUAGCUUUAGCUAGCUCUGUUCAUGCCAUUAAUACUGAGUGAGACUCUUACCAGUGGUGAUAUGUUUAUUUGAUUUAGCAGGGCCUGGUGAUGAUGGCCUUCUUCAGGAUGCGUGAACCUCUGAUGUUGAUGGUCAAGAAGGCAACGACCACAUGACAACAAUGCAAACAAGUGAACCAGAGGCUCCUAUUGUGGACGCUACAAGAAUGUUUUUUUAGUAAAUCCGAAACAGCCAUUUACGCAUUAUUAGCUAUUCAUAUUUUCUAUUAUCUAUUAUAUUUUUAGUUGUGUGAGUGCUCAUUGGCUGCUUGCCCACUAUAUACUGUAGGAGGGUGAUAAUGCAAGUACAUCCUUGUGAUAGCUAAUUAGGCAUAAACCCAUGUCCAUGCAAUACAAAUUGUUUGCUUUGGUAAGACCCUGGUACUAUUUACAAGUACAAAAUUAAGCCUGACUUUGUUUCUGUUCUUCCCAGUGCUAUCAUUUAUCAACUGUUUAAAUCAUUCAAAAGAAGGCAAAAAUCAUUGGCCUAGAAGGAAUCAGAAUUAAUAGAAUAUACAUGGUUCAUGAAUCAUGAUAAGAGGGAAUUAUUGAUCAGACAUGGCUCCUAUUACUGUUAGUUUUGAGCAACAACUGAAAAAAAGGGAUAGCUAAAUGCAAAUGCCAGUUCUGUCUAAUUCCUUGUAUUAGCACGACAUUCCUUCUGUAAUGAAAGAAUUUAUUUAAUACUAUAUAAGUAAACUUUUAUUCUAAAUCAUGUAAUGUAUCACAUUGCUCUCAGUGCCAGCUUUUGGAGAGGAGACGGGCGUGGGUGAUCUUAAUGAUUUUUGAGACAUGGUAAAUCCCAACCUAUCUCUUGCCUUUGUCGUUCCUGAUCUGGCAACCUCUUUAAUUAAAUCCCAACCCAAUACUACUUGAUUCGGUGGUUAUUUGCUAUUUAUAAUUAAAUUCGGUCAACGUGGUCUCUCUCUUCUACAUGGAUUCCAUUUCCCUUUUUUUAAUGAAUGAAAAGAAAAAGGGGGUAGCGUAAAGAAAAGCUCCUGGACCAGAAUUUUGUACUUUUUUCCUUCUUAUGAAGUACAUUGGAAUGUCAUUAUUUGUUUUGUCAGUUGUGCCAGUGGAGACUUGAAAAUAUAUGAAUAUAUUUCUCCUCUCUUUCUUUAAGGUUGUCUGUUGCAGAAUAUGUGAUAAUGGAGGUUUGCAUUCAUGGAGCUAUCUUAUUUAUUAGUGUACUUUAGACUGUUGUCAGUUUGUUGAAUGGUGAUAGCAUUUUCAGUUACACAAGGAGCACUUCAGCCAUGCAGAUGCAGGACUGAGAUGCUACUAUUUUUCUGCCAGAACUAUGCCAUGUAACUAAGAUACAUUUUUUUGUCAUUUUACUGAAAAAUAUAUAACUGGUGUCGCUGAUGUAUUGUAUAGUAGUGUUUUUGUCCCCUGUCUUCUCUUUAAUACCAAUGACAUUUUUCAA